GGGAGCGCGGUGGGCGGAGCCUCCGCGUUGUAACCGACGCGGAAGAGGAAAAAGAGCUGCUUAAAAGCCUGGAGGAAAUCAGUGCCAGUACAAAGCUGUCUUAUCAAAGUGCAAAUUUCAUUUGUCUCUUUCACCCAAAUUGGGGAUAAAGGAUUUUUUUAAGACUUUCCCGCAUCUGCCAGGACCUGGCUGCCCAGCUGGGCGGAAACGCCUCUUGGGAACGAACGGGCUUUGAUCGCGCGAGAUCGCGCGGGGCUUGGUGCGAAGAGGGUAAAGCUGAUGGACGCCUAGAGGACCAAUCGCGGCGGCCGGGAGGCAGGGCAACAAGGGUUAAAGGUCGAGCGGAAGUUCCUCGAGUUUCCGGUGGCGGGCUUGGCUGGGCGCUAUGGCCAAACAUCAUCCGGACUUGAUCUUUUGCCGCAAGCAGGCUGGUGUUGCCAUUGGAAGAUUGUGUGAAAAAUGUGAUGGCAAGUGUGUGAUCUGUGACUCCUACGUGCGCCCCUGCACCCUGGUGCGCAUAUGCGAUGAGUGUAACUAUGGCUCUUACCAGGGGCGCUGUGUAAUCUGUGGAGGCCCUGGAGUCUCGGAUGCUUAUUACUGUAAGGAGUGUACCAUUCAGGAGAAGGACAGAGACGGUUGCCCCAAAAUUGUCAAUUUGGGGAGCUCUAAGACAGAUCUCUUCUAUGAACGCAAAAAAUACGGCUUCAAGAAGAGGUGAUUGGUGGGCCGCCUCUUCCGCGCCCCACCAAGCUGCUGCAGCUGCCCAAGAAGACGCCCACGGCCUCUCCACCUUCCUCUCCUUCACCCAGACGGGGUAGAAACGGAAAAGGAUUCCUCACACGCGCUCUGGCAGACUGUAUCAGAGAAAAAUGGGUAGAUUAGUUCAUGGUUUUCCUUGAAUUCGAGAAGCAAGGCUGUUUUCCACAUCGCGGCGUCUGUCCACCAUGAGCUUCUAAAACAGAACGGCAUCGGUUGGGGUUUCCUGGGAGGGGUGGUGAGGAGCUCCCUGCUGUGAGAAGCAGGUGCCGGCAGCAGCUCUGGUGGCUGUGUCCUCGGGAGAGACCUGCCGCUCUCAGCAAUCCCAGAACAACCAUGUGGACUUGGGAUCUUGUGACCCUGACCAGGUCUUGCUGGUUCUGUUAUUUUCGCCUGAGAAAUUGGAAACCUUUUCUGUUGCUAUUGUAUUAAUAAAGUGGGUGUUUAUUUUCUGAUAGUCACCUCCCCAACCUAAGCCUAAUUCUAGGACUCUGUUGUCCAGGAAUUUGUGAUUCAAAGUCGAGGUAAUGGAAUUCAUUAAGCACCUGUUCUCUUACUACUGUCUGAAGGAAUUCAGAACCACCCAUGCCUUUCUGUAGAGGUAAACCAAAGUCAUUUUUAGAUACUUAGGAUUUUUAUUUCCUGUCCAGCCUCAGUUUUGAACUGUAGAGAUGGUUUCCAGCCAUGGUGAGAGGUGAGAUCAACAAUAGCUGAGUGGAUGAGUGCGCGCACUUACCUGAGCAGAUGGUUCAUAUUUUUCAAAGCAAGUGAACAGUGUAAGAACAAGCUCAGACUUUACCCUUACUCAGCCGUCUGCUCUCCACCUGCUACCAGUGAUCAGCAAGCUACCCCAAGGAGGCACAGCCACAUGUGAAAGGUUCCUCCAGUGGAUCUUUGACGUCCUCAAUCUGGAAAAGCUUCCAAGUGCUGAGGAAUCCAGGGUUGGGCCCAAGGUCACUCUGCAGUAUAGGGGCAGGGCCAAGGAGGAGUCUUCAACUUCUCAGGUUUGGGUUGAGAUCAGCAAAACUCCUGAUUGCACGUGACAUAGUGAUUCUCUGAAACCACCUUUGCCUCCAAGGAAUUCAGUGAGGCAGCCUGAUGAAUAGUUCCAGUACAGCUUGAGGCUGCACAAAGAAAGGGUUCUUGGCCCAACUUUGGGGUGCCUCAGGAGGCCAUAACCCAGGGCUAAGGCCCCCUAGGCUUCCCCAUCUCCUCUCCCACCCCUCCAGCCACUUGGGUGCUCAACUCCAAACUACUGCUCUCCUUCCUACUAUGCUUUCUACACUGAUGCUAAUGCUCAGCCCUUGUUUUGCUCAACAAACCCGAUCUUCAGACCUUGGCUGUUUCCCCAACUCCAGACCCCCAGUCUAAGUCCCCUUGGCUAUACUCGCACUAGACUGCGAGCAUUUUGUUUACAGCAUUUGGUGGUGAUUGAUUCAUCUAAGCCGAGUUCCAUUGUGGGAGGAGCCGAGCUGUUCUGCCUGGCAGAUGGCAGGUGUUGGUGCUCACUGAAUAAUUGAAGUCCAGGAAAGCAGAUAAUAAGGUGGGCUUUGAAGGAUAAACCACGCAAAGGGAGCGGGGUGGCAGAUGAGGCCAUUGGUGUGGGGAAAAGCUAUUUGGACAGGGGGGUGUGUUUGGGGAGCUAUCUGAGCACUUCUAAGGCAGCAGGUGGUUAUGUCAAAGAAAUGGCAGAGGCCAGGGACCGCUUCAAAUUAGAAUUGUAACUGACUCCAUAGUAACAGUCUUUAUGUGUAACAUGAGUCAAUGUUUUGUCAAAACAAAUUCAAUUUUUUAAAGUUUGCUUACAAAGCGUUCAAAUCCACACAACAUCUGCAAUUACAAAUUUUUCAAAAACGCCUUAGUUCCAGCAAAACACCUUAACUGUUCCCUCAGCCUCAGCAUGUGUGCCUCUUGCCAGGUGGUUUAAGGUAAAUGCCCAGUAGGAUAUCAAAGGACUUAUCCCUUCCCCUCCGAUGAGCUGGAGGCCAAGGUCAGCCUCAACCCAGUGAAUUCCACUGGCCUCUCUUCCCUGUCACCUAAUUUCAUAAUCCCAGUCUUUAGUUCUUUCAGAGAGUUCAAGAGAGCAAUACAGUGGAUGCGUUAACCCCUGAGGAAGCAAAUGGUCUUGGAAGUUCAAAUCCUUAAUUAGUGUCUACCUUGAACUUUAAUUCAUUUUAAAAAUUAGAACGAUAGUACCCAAAUCUGUGGGGAAAAACAUCACAAGUUGAAUUUAACCUCCCUUAUGUGAAAAGAAUUAGAAUAAUAACUGCAGCCAACUGUAUGGCCACAGAAAAAUAAGAAUGGCUUUUAUUAGUGUUGAUGUUUUUCUCCAUUGUUCAAAUUAGCACUGUCUAUGUAGAUCUAGUUGAAGUAACUAAACUCAUCAUGGUCAGUCUAAAAAAGGGCUUCCUUUUCCUAGACUAAGUUAUUUAAGUGUUCAGCGUUGGUUUUGUACUUAGUUCUGGGUUCUAAAAAGGAUAGCUGUCUCCUAGCUCCUCUGGUACACGCUGUACACAUGGUAAUUUAAUCUUUAAAGCAGGGCACUUAUUACUUAUGCGCUUGUUAAAAAAAAGAGUAAAGAAAUGUGUGGGUUUUAUAAUCAGACUUGUAUUUGAAUUCUGCUAUUGACCUUUGCCAAGUCUUUUUUUCCCCAUAGGCCAAUAAUGCCUGCUUCUGGGUUGUAAGGAUUAAAUUUGACCUUGCGAGUGCCUGACCCUCACUGGAAAGACUAGUCCUUUCACCGUGGUUCCCUGCUUCCGAGUUAGAUUUAGGUUCUGGCAUAGAAGGUCCUCCAGAAGGUUCCCUCUCUCCCCCUACCCCCAAGGUUUUUCUUCACUCCUCCCAGUGCUCUGCAUCAAGCAGUUGAAGAACAUUCCUUGCACACUCCCCGUCUUCUGGGUUAGUUCCCUUUUUGAAACACCCUCCCACCUCUCUAGCAGCUAGCUCCCUGGGUACCUCUUCCUGCCAAGCUGCCAUCCGAAAGCUUCCCGAUGGCCCUCGAGCUGCAGCCAUCUCUCUCACUUGACUGUCAUGCCUAGUACAUGCAUAGAAGAAACAAAAGGUUGAUAAUAUUUACUGGAUUGAACGCCAAUAUUUUCACUUUAUUCCAUUGUACUCUAAAAUUUCUGACUGAAAUUCAUUAAACGAGAGGACUUUAUGACCCCGUGAAUGAUCCUGACCCAAAGUA